GCUCCCCUCUAUCGCCUCACUCCUCGUCUCUCUCCAUCAGGAGCGGUCUGGAUGCAGGCUGGGACUCGAACAUGGCUGUGAAUCUCGGCAAGAACCGGCUGGCCCUGCUGACCGCCUACCAGGACGUCAUCGACGAGGUCUCGGACACCGACUGGGCCGUCUACACGUACGAGGAUGACACCAAUGACUUGACGCUGUCGUCAUCAGGAGGAGGCGGACUGGCAGAGAUCACGCUGACCUUUGAUAACACUCGGGUGAUGUACGGCUUCUGCAGCCUGAAGGAACCGACCGCUACUCUGCCACGAUACAUCCUCAUCAACUGGGUCGGAGACGACGUAGCAGAUGCCAGGAAGUGUGCGUGUGCGAGUCACGUGGCGACCAUCGCCGACUUCUUCCAGGGUGUGGAGGUCAUCAUCAACGCCAGCAGUCUGGACGACAUCGACCCGUCGGCCAUCGGUCAGCGACUGACCAACGGCACCGCUGCAGUGGCCAGUCCGGUCAUGGGUCGCCUGAGGACCAGAGAGGAGGAGCACGGGGACGUGGGAACCGUCUACGAGAAAACCAACGCUGAAGUGGAGAUGAAGAAGAUCAACCGAGAAGAGUUUUGGGAGCAGGCCAAGCGAGAGGAGGAGCUGAGGAAGGAAGAGGAGAGGAGGAAGGUGGCGGAGGAGCGGCAGCGUUUUGAGCAGGAGAGGAUGGAGCUGGAGAGGCAGGAGCAGGAGAACCGGGAGAAGAGGUACCGCGAGAGGGAGAAGCAGAUCGAGGAGCACAGCAGGAAGCAAAUCCAGGAGGAGGAGGAGGCCAAAGAGCGGUUGCAGAGUCAGACCCCUCUAGCGACAGAGCAGAGUGUGGAGGACCUGAACCAGGACACAAAGGAGUCUGAGGUGGAGGAGGCGAAGGCCAUCAUCGCGCAGCGGUCAGGGAACCCGCGAGACUUCUUCAAGCAGAAGGAGCGAGCGAUGACCAUCAGCGUGGACACCUCGCCCGUGUCCGUCCACCGCAGCGGCCGACUGGACAGCCCGUUCUUGAAGCAGCAGCACACCCCCAGUUCUGCCCCCCCACCCCGCGGGGUGUCGCCCCUCCGCACGCCGCCACACACACGGACGAUAAGCGCUGCUGCACCCGGUGACGCUGAUGAUGAAGGGAGCGCGGAGAGGAGCGUGGCCGCCGUCUCACCCAUUCCAAAAAUCGUCACCACCACCAUCAAAGAGGACUUGAGCAGGGAGGAGGACGAGUGGGGAUCGGUGCCCAAGGUGGAUCAGAAGCCUCCAGUCCAGGAGUCCACGACCAGCAAGCCGGUCCAGAGUGUCGCCCCUCAGACCCGAGACUCCUCAGGGUUCACGGCGUGGAACUCGGGGUCGGACAGCCUGGUGGACCUCUGGGACAGCGACCCGGUUCCUCUCACCACCAAGACGCCCCAGACGUCGGACCUGGUGGACCUGAUGGGCGACGUGAUGGAUGACCAGAUCCCGCCCGCCGGCACCGUCACCGCCACCCGUCCUCAGCCGCUGCUGAGCUUUGAUGACAUGAUGGACGGCACGUUUUGCUCGGGGGCUGGACCCGAGGACGACCCCACCAGCCUGGUGGAUGUGACCGGCCCGGACCAGAUGACCCUCAGCUACCAGCACGCCCUCGAGCACGCGUCCGGAGACGGGCCGGAGCUGAUGACCAACGGAGACUCGCUGCUGAAGGAGGGAACUCAGGCCAGCGAGGGCUACUUCAGCCAAUCCCAGGAAGACGACUUUGGCCAGUCAGACGAAUGCUCAGCCAAACCUGCACCUGUCUUCUACAACAAGCCUCCAGAGAUUGACAUCACGUGCUGGGACACGGACCCGGUGGUGGACGACGAUGACGACUGAACUGGCCAAUCACAGGAUGGGGCGACAGGAAGUGCGCUUGAUGACGUUUUUCUACAAAACAAAAACAAAACAAAAAAAAAAUCGUAACAACAACAUUAAUGAUAAUGAGUUGCAUCAAACUUGUGUGUAUGAUCUUUUAGAGGAACCUAGCUUGGUUCCACCCAAAACACUAUUUUUCCUAUUUUUUAAUUUAUUUCUUUCCUCUGGCGGACGCUCGGAGGAGGCGGGGCUUCUUCUUCUCCGUGUCGACGUCGCGCACUGCUGCUUUUAGAGGCGACGCACACGCGUAGACUGUAGUGCUUUAAUAACCACACUGGGGAGCUAGCGGCAGCGGCGGCCAUGUUUAACUUCACUCUCUCCACCCGGUUCUCCCUUCGGCCUUACUCCCCUGACACUAUAAUCAGCUCAAUUAAUCUUGUAUCUAGUCGUCAUGGCAACAGAAAGGUGAAAUAUUGUUAUAUUUAUUCUGGUGUAUCUUCUUUCAUUACUAGAGUUCUCAAGAUUAAAUUCCUGAAACAACUCUGUCGCCCUCUUGUGGAACCUUUUUCACUCCUUUUGUAUGAUUUGAAGAUGAACUGAAGAUUAAAUGCCUUUUAAAUGUUGAUUUUUUUUCACUUUUUAUGCGUCGUGUUUGGUGAUUUGUUUCACUCUCUCGACUUCUCAUAUUUUCAUGAGCGAACCGUGAUAUUACUAUUGUUAGGUCUCAAGAGUCAGGGACAAAUCUCCUUCAAGGAUAAUUGAUUGUUUCAAGUGUAAAUUAAAAUGCUGGUUCGUCACCUGGAAACCACACAUCAAUAAACAAACAUGACCAAUACAAAACAAAAAAUAUGAAAUAAUGAACUUAUGAAAUGCGGCGACCACGCUAACCAUGCUACAUGUUAUUGUUUCACAAUGACAAAAAAAAUGAAAUAAAUCGCUUUACAU